AUGUCUUCACCAACAGCUCCAUUGUUGGGCCCUCUCUUCGCUCUCGCAGGAUGGACUCUUGUUAUGGAAGCAUGGAUGUACGCCUACCGCAUUCCCGAUUUUGGGAAAUACAAGGUCGACAUCAACCCAAAUAUGACGGUCGAGUCGAUGAACAAGAACAUUCCGCGCCAUCGCAGGCUGCCGGCUGAUAACUACAACCAUCUACACGAGCAACCCACCGUCUUCUUCGCUGUCAUUCUAGGAUUGACAUUCCUUGAUGCGACUGACAGCACAGCUGUCAAUCUAGCAUGGRCAUAUGUCGGCGCGAGAGUGACGCACAGCCUCGUCCAGGCAACGUGCAAUAUCAUCCCGCUGAGGUUUUCCCUCUUUGCACUGAGCAGCGCGUUGCUGGGUGGAUUGGUGGUGAAGGGCGGACUACUCGCAACUGCUUGA